AGUGAAUCCAAACUCACGUGCGCGUGUUGCUGUUUUCGUGAAGACUUAUGGCUGCUGUGGCCCUAGUGCAGGGUGCUAGCAGAGGACUUGGGCUUGAGUUUUGCAGAUAUCUACUUUUAAAUAAAGCUCCAGCCGCCGUAAUAGCAACAUGCAGAAACCCGGACAGCGCACAGAAUCUGGCUGCAUUAUCCGCACAGUACCCGGGUAGAAUGACUGUACUGAAACUGGACGUAAACAGGGAGGAAGACAUCAAAAGCGCAUCUAAAAGAGUCACAUCUGAAUUUGGGAAAUUGGAUUUGAUUAUUAACUGUUCUGCUGUGCUUCAUCCGUCCGGUAAAGGAGAAACAAGUUUACGAGACGUGUCCGCUCAGGGAAUCAUCUCCACAUUGACCAUUAAUACUGUGGGUCCACUGGUGAUGGUCAAGUAUUUUGCCCCCCUGCUGCAGAUCGGUACAGGGGCAUUUGGCCAACAACCAGAAGAGAAAGCAAAACAACACACCGGAAUCAUUGUUAACAUGAGUGCUAGAGUGGGAUCAAUCGGAGACAAUGCUCUUGGAGGAUGGUACAGCUAUAGGAUGUCUAAAGCUGCUUUAAACAUGGCCACCAGAAACCUGUCCAUCGAGCUGGGUCGUGGACAAUCAAAAAUUGUGUGCGUGUCCCUGCAUCCUGGAACUGUGAAUACAGAUUUGUCUCGGCCUUAUCACCGAAAUGUUCCCAAGGACAAGCUGUUCAGCACAGAGUACUCUGUACAGUGUCUUAUGAAUGUCAUAGACAGCUUAAAUAUUACCAAAACAGGGAAAGCGUAUGCAUGGGACAGCACGGAAAUUCCCUGGUAGACAAUUUGAGCAAAGACAGACUGUCUUUUACGGUUUAAGGUUUAAAAUUAAAUUAAAAUUAAAGAAAUUAUGCAAUAAUGAAUUGUUAAUGGAUUAUCACUCGCUGCAUCUAUUACAGAAUAAGGCUUGCAUAUAAACUAUUCCAACAAGAAACACAAAAAGUACUUCUGGUUUAUUAGUUCACUUAAUAUAUGGCAAAGGACCUCAGAAUUUUUAGAGACAUACACAUGCAUUCCAGAAAGACUUGAUGUCUUGUUUAUUUUGUACCACUAGAAAGGUACAGCAUCUUCUGUACCGGAAAAACAAAGUCUCAAAUCAAAGUUGAUCAAAGUCUGCUUAAUAAACAGUUUCAUGUUUAUGUUGUAAUCAUGGGCAACGGAUUGGCCAUUUGGCAGAGGGGCCGGACCAAUUUUUAAAAUGUAGGCGGUUGGAUUAUAUAUAU